AUGCCUCCAGCAAACUCGACAUCCGGUGCGGCUCGUGCGGCGAAGCGAUCCAAUAAAUCGGCAACAAAGAAGCCUUAUGCGAGGCCCUCGUCGGACAAGCAGAGGCCUCAGCAAACGAGAACUGAGAAGGAAGAGCAAAGUGUUGUGUCAAACCUAAUUGGCGGCAUUGGCAGUGCGAUCUCUGGCAUUUUCUCAAGCCUCUGGAAGGGCGCAACCGAAGAUCAGGCACCUGUACGACGAUCAUCUUCAACCAGGCGAAAGAGCUCUCACAAGAAGGAGGAUGUGAAGGAGGAAUCAAAGCAGUCCGAGGCGGACUCCUUUCUCGCUCCUGCGCUUGCGCCGCAUUAUGUCGGACAUACACCUUACGCGGCACGUCGUCGCACGGAUAUUGAAUCCGACCGAUCCAAGACUUCCCGAGCAAACGACAAACCUGCGCAGCCUAAGUUCGAGUUCCCAACGCAAAACCUUCGGGCGCCACUCAUCCCAGCGGAAUCCUCCCCGAUCUUGGGAGCUACAACUUCGCUGACAUCUCUCACCAUCGCUCCAGAAACUUGGGCUAGACGAGAUGCGGAGACGCUGGAAUGGAUCAACUCGCUUGGACUCAACCUCCAGAAGCUCGCGAACGGCACUGAAAGGCUCGGAAACCGCGGUGGAUGGGCUGACAAGGAAAAGUUCGAGAGGCUUAUGAAGGACGAUGAGGGAUUCUUUGAGCGACAAGGUCUGCGUCAGCGUGCUGCGUCUGAGACCCUCGAGCGCCGGUCGCAUUCUCGUACUCCUUCAUUGCGUCCCACACCAUAUCAGAACCCCAAGCACGGUCAUCAACGCCAGAUCAGUUUGGCUGACCCUAGACUUCAGCUCGACCCUGCCAAAUGGCCUCGAAACACUACCGCGGGUAUCCUGGCCGCAUGGCGCGAAAUCUGCCGAAGACAGGAGUUGAUCGCAGCGGAGGAAGCUGAACAGGACCAGUUACGAUCUUCUCAAUUUGGGAAUAUGGAUAAUGGUUCGGCGGAGACACGAGGAGAUGGUGAGAGGCCUGCUGCGCAGGACCAGAUGAAGAGAGGCAUGACGCUCAUUCACGAGAAUGUUAGGUUCCCGAGGGGUAAGACGAGCACUCCCGCAAGCAGCAAGGGAGCUGCAGCUCAGGAGACCGACGAGGACAAGACGGCGAAGACGGAGAAAAAGAAGGUGAAUAUGGAUGAUGCGAAGGUGGAAGACGGCGAGAAGGAGACGGAGGAGACGCAAGAGGAGGAGCAGAAACCCAAAGAAAAGGAGGCUGACGCACCAAUGAAGGAUGCGGAAGUUCAGACUGAGGACAAGGCUGAGGAUAAGGCCGAGGCCGCCCCGGAGGCUUCGAUGGAGGACGCACCCGUCGCAAACGAAGCGAAAGCCCCUGCGACUGACAAGAAGAAGCGCGCCGCUUCCCCUUCCUUUGAUCAACCAUCGCCCAAGCACACCGGUGUCGUGAUUCCCAAAGAACGCCGUCGUCGUGCUGGAUGCUUCUCUGCCUUGGAUGAGGAUUUGGACGAGAUGUUUGGUCCUGAACCCGAACUUCCUGCAAAGAAGAAGAUCAAGCCGUCUAUCAACGUGGGUGCGGAGACACCACUGAAGAGGACGGUCGAAGGGUCUGGGUUUACGCCUAGAGUCCCGCUGUUGCGGGAUGAUCCUGCUGUUGAAGAGGCUAACAAGAAAGCUGCUGCGGCUCGAUUCUCAAGUUUCGGGGCUGCUGCUGCGGCCUUGCCGAAGGAAGACCCUCCCAAGCCGGCGGAGAAGCGUGUCGAGACCACUGCCCCAAGCUUUAGCCUUGGCAAUGCCGAGAAGAAAGACCAGGCGGAGGUACCCAAGGCAGCUGCUGCGCCUUCCUUCAGCUUCGGCGGGGCCAGUGCUGUGGCGGAUAAACCAGCCGAAGAGGCGAAGAAUGAUACGCCUCCUUCGUUCAGCUUUGGGAAGCCGGAAGAGAAGAAGGCCGAUGCACCGGCAGUUGUGCCUGCCCCUCAGUUUUCCUUCGGCAAGCCUGCUGAGGAGAAGAAUGACGAGGCACCGAAGCCUGCUGCCGCCCCUCCUUCGUUUUCCUUUGGUGCACCGAAGAUGGACGCUGCCCCCGCUGCGCCCACUACUGCGUCUACGACCCCCACCUUCUCGUUCGGUGCUACGUCUAAGCCUGCGGAAGAAAAGCCUGCGGCUGCUGCUGCCAGUUCCUUCUCCUUUGGAGCACCUGUUUCUAAGGUUGCUGAGGAGCCCAAGAAGGACACCACGCCCGCUUUCGGCUUCGGAGCUCCUGCCGCUGCCCUGGCCGAGACUUCCAACAAGAGAAGUGCGGACAGCGAUGAGCCCGCUGCAAAGAAGUCCACCGGUGGAUUCUCUUUCGGUAACACCUCCACCAUUUCGCCCUUUGGUGCUGUGAACGGAGCUGCUACUGCUGAUGCUGCCAAGCCUGCUCCUUCGCCGUUCGCAUUUGGAGCUCCGAAGAAGGCUGCUGCUCCGGCUGCUGGCGGGUUGUUCGGUGCUUCAACUGCGGCGCCCGCUGCUAGAGGCUUCAACUUUGGAGCUACACCCGCUGCGGAGCCGGCAGAGCCUGCUGCUGCUCCGUCGUUCUCUUUCGGUGCCCCUGCUGCGACUACGGCCACGGAGGCUCCUAAGCCUGCUGCUGGUGUGUUCAACUUUGCUGCGCCUGCCGCUGCUGCUCCGGCUACCGAUGCUGCCAAGCCCUUGGUUUUCGGAUCCUCUACUACGACUGUUGCGGAUAGCAAACCUGCUUCUGGCUUGUUCGGUUCGGCGACUACUGCCGGAACUGGCGGUUCCACGCUCUUUGGUUCCGCCGCGGCCCCGGCGGCUGAGGUUCCUAAGCCUGCGUUUGGUGGUUUCGGUAGCACGAUGAGUGCUGCUCCUGCCUCUACUGGUGGGUUUGCUGGGUUCGGACAGAGCACAACUGCUCCUGCUCCUGCAGCUGCUCCUGCGAAUGGCGGUUCUUUCACUUUUGGUUCUAACACUGGUUCCAUUACCCCGGCAUUUGGUGCUACGAACAAUGCUCCUGCUGCCAAUGUCUUCGGUCAGUCAACUUCGGCUGCUCCCGCUGCCUCCGCUGCUACUGGAGGUUUCGGUUUUGGUGCGAACAACAACAAUGCACCGGCUGCCGGUGGAUUUAACUUUGGUGCCAACAACGCUGCUCCUGGAUCACCUGGCGUCCAAGCUGCGUCUUUCAACUUCAACGCACCUGGAUCCCCAGCUCCGGUUCCCGCGGCGACUGGGUUCGGCUUUGGAAACAACGCUGCUCCCCAGUCUCCUGCUCCCGCUGCUGCUCAGCCUUUCGCGUUCGGUACACCUGCUCCUGCUCCUGCCAAUGGUGGAUUCCAGUUUGGAGCAGGAACUCCGGCACAGCCGCAGCAACCGCAGACACCCGGAGGUGCUGGUAUGUUCCAGUUUGGAGGACCCAACACGCCGGGAACGCCUGGUGCAGGUGCUGCUCCCGGAGGAGGUAAUUUGUUCUCGGUUGGGUCUGCGGGACCGCAGGAUCAGCAGGGCGGGAGGAAGAUUGCACCCGCUAGAGGUAGACUCAGGAGGAAGUAA